AUGUCGUUCUGCAGCCAGCAGCUCAGCUCCCGCUGCUUCCCCCCGUGCGAGGUGUCCUGCUGCCAGCCCAUCGCCGACGCCUGGAGCCAGCCCUGUGUCACCUCCUGCGGGGACUCCCGGGCUGUGGUCUACCCACCCCCGGUGGUCAUCACCUUCCCAGGCCCCAUCCUCAGCUCCUGCCCUCAGGAGAGCUUUGUGGGCAGCUCAGCCCCGCUGGGGCUGGAUCGCCCCAGGGGCUUGCAGGGCUCUCUUGUCUAUGGGGGCUACUUGUCCUCCUCCUCCUCGUUGUUGAGCCAGCGCUACGGGAGCUGUGGGCCCUGCUAA